GCGGGUCCAGUCAGUGCUCGUUGGCUUUAGGACCCAGUGGCUCUUUCAGUGAGGCAGGCAGCGGCUCGGCUCUCAGACUGAAGCAGACAAAGGCGAGGGGAGAGACGGCGUGCCGCUAUCCUGCAGCAUCGACUCCCACGUCCACGCACACUCCCCCCCACACACACACUCCCUUCUCUUCGCAAGCAGCGACGCAGACUCUCCGGAGCUGGUCAUCACCACCACACAUCUGUCAAAACCAUCUCAACUUUCAGUCAUCAUGGAGCUAGACUUUGGACAUUUUGACGAGCGAGACAAGACAUCCCGUAACCCGCGGGGCGGGCGCCUGAAUGGACUUCCCAGCCCUACCCACAGCGCCCACUGCAGCUUCUACCGCACGCGCACUCUGCAGGCCCUCACCAAUGAGAAGAAAGCCAAAAAGGUGCGCUUCUACCGCAACGGGGACCGCUACUUCAAGGGCAUUGUGUACGCUGUGGCCAACGACCGAUUCCGCACCUUUGACUCGUUGCUGGCUGACCUCACACGCUCGCUGUCUGACCACAUCAACUUGCCACAAGGUGUCCGCUUCAUCUUCACUAUUGAUGGCACACGCAAGAUAGUCUCGAUGGAUGAGCUAGAGGAAGGGGAAAGCUAUGUUUGUGCAUCAGAGAACAUCUACAAGAAGGUUGACUACACAAAGAACGUCAACCCCAACUGGUCCGUGAAUGUAAAGGCCUCGGCGAGCCAGAAGAACAUGCAAGCCUUUGUUGCCAGAGCAGCCGGAGGAGAGAGCAAGGACUUUAUUCGACCCAAGCUAGUGACGGUGAUGCGCAGCGGCGUGAAGCCACGAAAGGCUGUGCGCGUCCUGCUCAAUAAGAAAACGGCACACUCCUUUGAACAGGUGCUCACCGACAUCACAGAAGCCAUUAAACUCGAAAGCGGCGCAGUCAAGAGGAUCUACACACUUGACGGAAAGCAGGUUACCUGCCUUCAAGAUUUCUUUGGGGAUGACGACGUCUUCAUUGCAUGUGGACCUGAGAAGUUCCGCUACGCCCAGGACGACUUCUCUCUGGAUGAGAACGAAUGCCGGGUGAUGAAGGGAGCCAAAGCUCAACGUGGUUCAGUUAAGAGUCCCGGUCCGAUCAGGCGCAUCAAGUCUCCUGCUGAAUCGACCAACGGGACGGGCUCCAGCAGCCAGCUCUCCACCCCAAUUUCCAAGCAUUCCCCCACCUCCACCCCCAACAGUCCUGGCCUCAACAACAAGCAGAAGGAUCUCUACUUGCCCUUAUCUCUGGAUGAUGAUGACUCUCUCGGUGAAUCGAUGUAGACGCACCUCCUGCAGCCUUCUUUUUGGCCUGAAACACAGAAGUUUUUAUACCUCUGCUGCAUUCCACCUUCACUCACAGUGCCACCUGUUGUCUAUGAGAAGCUUUCUUUUUCUCUUUUUAACGCCUUAGCCUUCAGGGCUAUGACACCAUUUGCUGCUUGAGAAUAACACAAACCAUCUUGUUUUGUUUUUAAAUCUGUUUCGGCCACGUUAUAACAAUCAGUUCACUGGUGUUCAGAUGUAUGUUUCAAUGUGGAGAUAACCACUAUUUCUGGAAAAGGGCACACAGUUCACUGACCAGCAGAUUUCACGGUGUAAAAUGUCACUUUGGUCUCGAACCUUUUUUGUUAAAGGAUGCACUCUGACUUUUAAUAUUUCGGUCACAGAAUUCCAAGCAGCAAAUGGAAUUUUUUAGGGGUGUUAGUCAGAACUAACUUUUUUUAUCACUUGUAUUCGUGACGUUCCAUGUCCUCCUGUCCUACGGUUAAAGGUGUGAAAGGUAAUGGUCCCUUGUUAGAGGAAAUCUGCUACUCCAGACAGUCUUUUUAACCCGUUGUAAAUACUGUGUAUAGCUAUCCAUCAUAACAUCUCUGCCCAGUGUUCAUUGCUGUGCUUCUAUAACUUCACUACAUAUGUCCGUCUAACAUUUGAUCAACAUGAUGCAGGGUAUGGUCAAAGUAAAAGAAGAGCCAACAAAAGGAAGUCCAACCGCAUAGGGUGAGGAUGUGUGGGAUGCAGCUCCCAACUGAAGACGAUUAUCAGAAGCCAACGCCUCCUCAAUGACAAUUCAGAUUCCCAAAUGAACAAGGGUUUAUAAAACCAUAAGAUGACACUUUUUACUAAACCACCAUAACAACGGAGGCCUCAAAAUCCUUAUGUUGGCAGUAAUUGGCAUUAAUCUUGUCUAAUCAAGGAUAAGGAAAUAACUAAGAAAAAGCAUCCCACAUAGGCCUUAGAAGUCUUUGUGUUGGUGUAUCCUUUAUUAAGACCCUCUACGUAGACAGUAGGCAAUAUAUACCCUCUAUGUUUUACAUUUUCACACACUGCAGUGCAUGUUAUUGCUGAAUGAUUAUGAGACAGGGCAUCAAAAAAACUGAUUUGAAGGACCUAAUGGUACAUAAAAACAACCAAAGGAAAAAAAUCUUUUAGGUCCUUUUUUGUAGAGGAAAAAAAAA